AAUAAUCAAAUAAUUAAUAUGGAAUGAAAUGUAGUAAAUUGUCAUGUAUCGUAUAUAUUUAAAUAAUUAUUAUAGUUGUCACACCAAAGAGAUAAUUGAAUUCACAGAUUUAGAUUUAAGCAUGCAACAUGGCAAUUUGCAAUUCUAAUUCACAUAAAUCCAAAAUGACCAAAACUAUGUCCCAACCAAUAUUAUUGAUAUGCCAGCUAAUUAAAAUCCCUAGUGGAUGAUGACAUCACCACCAUUUCUUUAUUAAUACUUAAUUACUCAUUUCCCCCCUAUAAAAACCCCAUCCCUUAAUCACUAAAAAAAAUCAUCCCAUCUCAAAUUUAAACACCCUCUUAAUCUUCUUUAUUAGUGCCUAAUUAAUUAAUUUGGGAAAAUGGCUUCCAAGAAAAAUAACACACCAACAAAUACAAUUGCCAUAUUUCUAGUGCUAAACCUUCUCUUCUUCACUCUAGCAAGUUCAUGUGGAACUUGCUCCGACCCUAUUAAACCCAAGCCACAACCCAAGCCUCAACCCAAGCCUAACCCAACUCCUUACUACCCUAGCAAGGGCUACUAUUGCCCAAAGGAUACCCUAAAACUAGGGGUGUGCACCAAUUUGCUAGGGGGAUUAAUCGGCCUCACGAUCGGGACCCCGCCGAAAACUCCGUGCUGCAGCCUCAUCGCGGGAUUGGCCGAUCUCGAGGCCGCAGUUUGCCUUUGCACCGCCAUUAAAGCGAACGUUCUCGGAAUAAACCUAAAUGUGCCUCUUUCGCUUAGCUUGCUUCUCAAUGUUUGCUCCAAGAAAGUUCCAAAGGAUUUCAUUUGUGCCUACUAAUUAGGCACAUCUAUAUAUAUAUAUAUAUAUAUAUAUAUAUAUAUAUAUAUGUUAUGCAUCUCUUGUGCAUGAUAAAAUGUGUGACAUUUGUGUAAUAAGUUAAAUGAGGGGAAAUCAUGAUCCCUAUGUGUGAGGUUGGAGUGCUGUUAUUUUAAUUAUAUAGUGUGUGGGAAGAAAAAAAAGGUUUAAUUUAUAAUUCUGUUUGCAGGUUGUAAUAAUAUUAUAUUAAUGCUGCAAGAUUUUACUCAUGCUUUUUUUUUUCAGUGUAUUGAUUUAUUGCAUGGACUGUGGGAAAUAGUGCAUCAAA